UUCAUCCAUUCCACUCCGUAACAACUUCCACUAAGCAUGACGCUUGUGUCAGUUUACUUCUUCACGAGCCUGCUUUGUUCGGCUUCCUUCAUCGGCCUCAGCUAUGCGCAAGAGCCCCGCUGGCCUCACUACCCCAUUUUAGCGGGGACAUUCUUUAUGGGUCCGAUACCAGAACAUCACACGCAACGCCGCGCACCACAGAAUGAAGGACUGUCGUUUGCAGCAAGUGGACCUCAGCUAAUGGCACACAAUCUCGCGGAGCUUGCGUCGCAGGCGAGAAAAGGGCCGCCUAGGGCCCUUGUAGGUGAUUCUCCUCAUGAAGAGUCAUCGGUUGAGACCUACGUGCAGGAGUCCUUCACGAAGCUGUGGCCGUACUACCUGCCUGUACCAGACAAGCUGCUUCCCUCUACAUCCAAUGCGACGAAAUGGGGGCAGAGAAGCAAGUUACACGAGUGGCGAGGCUCGAACAGGACCCUUAGCGCUGAGUGCGAACGUGAUGUGACCGCCAUCUACGAUGCCAUUUUGGACCCACCCGCCAUUUUAAUGCUGUCGGCGUGGGCAGUUCAGCUCUUCGAUUCGUGGGGGAAGCCUGCGGAUGGGCUGCUGGUUGGAAACGCUCAAUGGUUGGGGUUCAUGAAGGAGUGCUUUGCCACCACGAGGAGGCGGGACGCGGAGGAGGCGUUCAGGGGGCAGUAUUGUCGGGUCUUUGUCGAUAUCGACAACGACACCGCGUCUGACGUGAGCUACGCGACGUGCAUGCCAUCCACGUGCACGGGUCUUGAACUUCAGGAGAGUGCGUCUCAGCAGUUAUCGGUCUUGUCCUUCACUCUUACGAACGUGCAGUGUCAACAGCAAGACGAAGUGCUGGAAUCCUAUACCUGGGAGAUUGUUGGAUCGUGUGUGAUUAUUGCGAUGGUGCUGCCGGUGGUGAUAGCCACAGCUGUGCAGCUCAUCAGAGGUGAGGCAUGA